AUGAACAUCCAAGGCGUAGCUCUUCACGGGCACAUGAAGCCCGUGACUAUGAUCAAGUUUAACCGCGAGGGUGACUUGCUCUUUUCCACGGCAAAAGAACCCAAUGUGAGUGUAUGGUAUACAAAGACAGGCGAACGUCUUGGUGUGUACAAUGGUCACAGUGCUAUCUCUGCAUGUGAUGUGAACAAUUACUCCACACUUCUUGUAACGGGUGGUAUGGACUUUAAGGCCAAACUUUGGUGUGUGGAAAGUGGAGAGGAACUGGCGAAUAUUAUGCUUAAGAGUCCUGCCAAGUCUGUGGCUUUUGCGCAUGAUGACAGUAAAUUCUUGGUCAGUACUUCACGAAAAAUGGGUGAGAAGGCGGCAGUGCAGCUUUACAACUUACCCUUUGCCGUUCCAAAGGAUGAUUACUUGGUAAAGCCUGUUAAAACAAGUUUUAACCCAUGUGCAGAGUUUAUUUCAGAAUGUGACGAUAUCACUUUUGCUGUUUGGGGACCGACAAAUGACACGAUUUACUACUCCAUGUCAGACGGAUCUGUGGCCAUUCUUGAUGUGGAAACUAUGCGCACAGUUCGUACGCAGCAGCCCCAUGAGGAUACGAUCAACCGCAUCAGUUUUGACCCCAAUUACUACACUCUUAUUACAGCCUCUAAGGACAAGACAGCCCGUCUGCUAGAUUCCCGUGACAUGUCGCUCAUUCAGACAUACACAAGUGAUGUGCCAGUGAACGAUGCUUCUAUUUCACCAUGCGGUGAUCAUAUCAUUCUAGGAGGAGGUAUGGAUGCCCAAGAUGUGACAACACAGGGUGGUCAGACAACCUUUGAAGUGAAGUUCUAUCACAAGGUGCAUGAGAAGCAACUCGGUCAGGUACGUUGCCAUUUUGGUACCAUUAACUCUGUGGCAUUCUUCCCUGAUGGUCGUGGGUUUGCUAGUGGAGCUUUUGACGGUCUCGUGAAACUCCACCGCUUUGAUGAGAAUUAUGAUAUGUCUCCUGGUGCAAAACCCAUUUGGACACCAGAAUCCAUCUGA